AGAUGAUGAUGUUAAGAAAGAUUUUUGUGCUAAUAUUAGAGCUUACAACAGUAUUUUUGUAUUUAUUUCUAUGGAUAUCAGAUUAGAUGAAAACCUUACAAACAAGCUUUGUCUUUCUAUUAGAGCUGAUCAUGAUUUAGAUCAACAUGUUUACAAUAUACCAACAAUAUCACAAGUUGCUACUGUGUUGAUAGAAGGAAAUGAACCUACAGAGUAUACUGAGCAUGAUAUAAUUAUGCAAUUACGAUCACAGGAACUACAAUGGGUAUCUGAACUAAAUGGUUACUAUGAUCCAAUACAAUAUCCACUUCUUUUUUUCCAAGAAGAUUACAGCUGGUAUCUAGAAAUAUUGCAAAAUAUGUCAUAA